CGCUAGUGGAGUCAGAUACUGCAACCACCUACACCUGUUGGAAAAUGGUCUUGCGCUGCCACGAGCACACGCCAAAUGGUGCGCCGUAUGGGGUGACUAUGGGGUUAACUGCUGUAUGUCGUCUCCUUUCGUCGGUUCAUGGUCAAGCAACGGUAGAGACGAUUCGACGGCGAUACUGGACGUCCGUCCUCCACAUUCCUCACUUGUCAAUUUCACUCGAGCCCAGCACUCGACUAUCUUUCCUCCACCCAGCACCUCAUCGUUACCACCAAGAUGAAGACUGCCAUCGUGUCUGCUGCCGCUUUGGUCGCCGCCGCCGCUUACUCAAGCGCUGCUGACUGUGACAUGUCCAAGAUCGAGAGUAUGCUCUACCCGAACGCCACCCAGGGCCUCGCCGACUGCGAGAACGCCACGGGCAUCGACAUCUUCGCUGUGGGUCAGUUCCCCACCUCGGAUCAGGUCACGCAGCUCUCACAGAACGUCGACUGCGCCGACUACCUGAACCAGAUCAACCAGGUGGCCAACGCCGAGAUCCAGUGUAACGUCACGAUCGAGGGCGUCCCCGUAAACUUUGGCAAGCUCAUCGCCGACUUCCUCACUGGCAAAACCGGAAACGAAUCGGACUCUGGCAGUGGCUCCAUCGAAAUCCCGAGCGAAAGCGCGUCUGGAUCGGUGGGCUCGGGCUCGGCCAACCUCGACAGCUCGGCCACCAGCUCUGGGUCGACGGCUGCUUCCGACUCGACCGGAAGCAGUGGCGCAUCAAGUGCUCAAACUCUCUCCUUCGUCGCCUAUGGCGUUGCUGCCGUGAUUGCCAUGGCACUGCACUAAGUAGUUGCGGAUAGAGUUAACGUAGUGCCACAGGUUGCCCUAAUGCAAGCUUUCUGUGUACUUUUACUUUUGCACUGAAAAAGUGCCAUAUUUUGAUUUUUCUUAUCCAGUGUCAACAACUUGGAGCUCAAUGAAAACCAGAGAAUGUGACUAACGUACACGUAAUUCAUUUACGAGUUUUGCGUGGUGCCAUUUUUUCUUUGGACCGCUUGGUCGCACUACCGAUAUAACC